AUGGCCGGGUAUGGGUAUACAAUUGCCUCGAGGAUCCUCCGUCAGGCAGAGGUCCAACUUCCAUCUUGGACUCGAGUCCGCAUGCGCAUUCGCAUCCUCACCGCCGGCGACAUGUCAAAGUCAACGCAGUGGAAGGCCAUGACGGUCAUGGCCGUCGAUGGUUUUGGCUAUGCUCUGGCCAAGUCGGCCCAGACCUUUCUCAUCGAGCAAGCUCUAUGUCGAACAUUCUACGCCAUCAGCGACCCCGCCGUGAUCCGGCCCGACGGCAGCGUGCCCGAGGACAGGUGCAAGACCGAACACUUGCAAUCCCAGGUCGCCUUCUUGUCCAGCACCCUCAACUUGACCCUCCUGAUGGCCAGCUUCCUGGCCACACCCGUCUUUUCUCGCUUGGCCCUGACCGCCGGAAAGAGGACUGUUCUUCUCAUCAACGCCGCAAGCUACAUGUUGCGCAUGAUCCUGUUCACGGCCGUGGUCUACUUUCAUACCUUGGCCGAUGUCUGGUGGGUGCUUGGGCUGUGGCUUUUGGAGCUGGUUGGAGGCGGGAUUCCCGUCCGGGAGGUCCUGUUGUGGAUGUACAUGGCAGAGAGCGUCCCGGAAGACGGACUAACCGGCGCUUUCAAUAUUCUGAGCGCUAUUCUAAUUGGCAUGAUGUCCGUCGGGACCUUUAUCGGCGCUCUGCUUCUCCGGCACCACGUCUGGCUGCUGUGCUCGAUAGUCAUUGCCAUCUGCGCCCUUGUCGUCCUCUUGAUCUGCCUGCUUCCAAACCAUCACAAGUCCCUCUAUGCCGAGCAAGAAAACAUCUUGGAUGACGAGCAGAGUCCUCGCUCAUCCCUCUCACACUCAUCGUCACCCACCACUUCGCUUCUCGACGGGGCGGCGGGUUCUCACCUCGCCUCGCAUGGCCCCCCGGCAGCCCUGUGGCGGUCCGUUCUCCGUGCUGCCUCAGUCGAUCUGUUCCUGUCUCUACAGCUCGUCCUACAGGCGCUCCGGAAUCCCCUAACCCUCAGGGUCAUGAGCAUAUUCUUCACUUACACGCUGGCCGGCACCGUCUCGGGCACCUCGCAGCAAUGGGCCUCGAGCACCUUCCGCACGACCUUGGCAAACGUCGACAAGAUCACGUCCAUGGAGCAGGUCAUCUCGGCCGUCGUUCUCUUCGCCCUGCCAGCCGUCUCGCAGCAACUGCUCCGGCCACGCCUCCGCGGCAAACAGGACACGGACCUUUGCGUCAUCACCGCCAGCUUGGUGCUGGCCGUGUUUGGGGCCCUCAUCAUGGCCGUGGCGCCGUCCAUUGGCGUGUACGCUUCGGGCGUGGCCGUCUCCGCGCUGGGCGUCGGCCUGGCCGACUCGUUGCGAUCGUUUGCCACGAGCGCACUGUCCGACACCGAGACCCUGCAGAGCCUCUACAUGAGCAUCCGGACCAUGCAGUCGCUGGCGGCUAUUGUCGGAACCCCGCUGUGGGCAGGCAUUUUCCUGUUCAUCCUCAAAAGCGACGGCGGAUUGCCGCCAGGCCUCCUCUUCUUCGCCACUUGCCUCGUCUUGCUGGUCUCGCUGUAUUCGACGAUGCCCUUGCGCGUGUAUAGAUAG